CACACAUAUUUCCGUAAUGGCCAAGUCUAUCGUCAUGAUUAUGGCUACAUGCCUGUUAAGAACGCUACCAGGGCUGAUCCACGAAUCCACGUUGCUUACCUAACUACAUCUAGCGAAGGUUGGUCAAUGAUGGAACAAGGUCAGGUUAAGGGACCACUUAUGUUCUUCCAUUUGAAACAGUUUCUGCGAAGGAGUUUCGAUGUCGGUGCUAACCGAGCUGAUCUGGAGAUUCGAGAAGUGCGUCGCUUCGAAAGACAGUUUGAAUUGCCCAGCCACAAUCAGAUGAUCAUGAAGGUUAGAGCAGAAACAAGUAUCGGUUUUGAGGACUAUACGGCCUUCUAUAAACGAGUAAUGGGAUGA